CGGGCGGGGGCAAAGAGCCCUGCAGCCCGGCCCCGGCACGGCCCCGCGGGAUGUGCGGCCGUGCCCCGCGGGGUGCGGGGCAGCGCGGCGGCGGAGCGCAGGUCUUAAUGAAAUAGCAGUGAAAGAAACAGCUGGGACUUCAACAUGGCUUUCCAUGUGGAGGGACUGGUGGCCAUAGUUGUCUUCUACCUGGCUAUCCUGGCAGUAGGGAUAUGGGCUGCUUGGAAAACCAAGAACACCGGCAGUGAAGGAGAUCGCAGCGAAGCUAUUAUAGUUGGUGGAAGAGACAUUGGCUUGCUAGUUGGUGGAUUUACAAUGACCGCCACAUGGGUAGGAGGAGGUUACAUCAAUGGAACAGCAGAAGCUGUGUAUGUCCCAGGCUACGGUCUAGCUUGGGCUCAAGCACCUAUUGGAUAUUCCCUUAGCCUGAUUUUAGGAGGCCUUUUUUUUGCAAAACCCAUGCGAUCGAAAGGCUAUGUGACAAUGCUAGACCCUUUUCAGCAGCUUUAUGGAAAAAGGAUGGGAGGACUACUGUUUAUUCCAGCUUUAAUGGGAGAAAUUUUUUGGGCUGCUGCCAUCUUCGCUGCCUUAGGUGCAACUAUAAGUGUGAUCAUUGACAUUAAUGUCAAUAUUUCAGUUAUUAUUUCUGCCCUUAUUGCAACUAUGUACACGCUUGUGGGUGGGCUUUAUUCUGUGGCCUACACUGAUGUAGUUCAGCUCUUCUGCAUCUUCCUAGGACUGUGGAUCAGUAUCCCCUUUGCAAUGUCCCAUCCUGCAGUAACAGACAUUGGGCUCACAGCUGGGCACCAGGUGUACCAAGCACCUUGGCUUGGAUCUAUCAACUCACUUGACAUUUACACGUGGUUGGACAAUUUCUUUUUACUGACAUUAGGAGGAAUACCAUGGCAAGCAUAUUUCCAGCGAGUUCUUUCCUCAUCUUCUGCCACAUAUGCUCAAGUUCUGUCAUUCCUGGCUGGUUUUGGCUGUUUUGUGAUGGCUAUUCCUGCAGUACUCAUUGGUGCAAUUGGAGCAUCUACAGCUUGGAACCAGACUGAUUAUGGUGUCCCUGACCCCAAGAGUAAAAAGGAAGCAGAUAUGAUUUUACCGAUCGUGCUCCAGUACCUUUGCCCAGUCUAUAUCUCAUUCUUUGGCCUCGGCGCUGUGUCUGCUGCAGUGAUGUCCUCAGCUGAUUCUUCAAUUUUAUCAGCAAGUUCUAUGUUUGUUCGGAACAUUUACCAGCUUUCCUUUCGGCAAAAUGCUUCAGACAGGGAAAUUGUGUGGGUCAUGAGAAUCACUAUUCUUCUGUUUGGAGCAUCAGCAACAGCAAUGGCACUGCUGGCUUCAUCAGUGUACGGCCUGUGGUACCUCAGCUCUGACCUUGUCUAUAUCAUCAUAUUCCCCCAGCUCCUGUGUGUCUUAUUUAUUAAAGGAACCAACACCUACGGUGCCAUUGCAGGAUACUUAUUUGGCCUUGUUCUCAGAAUAACUGGAGGAGAACCAUAUCUCUACCUUCAGCCCUUGAUCUACUAUCCUGGCUGGUAUCAAGAUGAUAAUAAUAUCUAUAUCCAGCGAUUCCCAUUUAAAACACUUGCUAUGCUCACCUCCUUCGUUACUAAUGUUCUAGUCUCUUACUUAGCCAAAUACUUAUUUGAAAGUGGGACUUUGCCACCAAAGUUGGACUUUCUUGAUGCUGUUGUUGCCAGGUACAGUAGAGAACACAUGGACAAAGCGACUCUUGUAAAAAGUGACAAUAUUGUACUAAAUGAACUUGCACCUGUGAAUCCACGACACAGUCUAACUUUGAGCUCAACUUUCACAAACAAGGAAGCCUUCAACUAUGUUGAUUCGAGUCCAGAGCUGUCCAACGCUGAAGAUAAUUAAAAAAAUCUGGUAGCCACAGGCAAAACAACACUAAACAGGAUAUUCUACCAAGAAUAGUAAGAGGCAUUUUAUCAGAAGAAAAGGAAGAAUUGGAAAUAAAAUGCCACCGCACAUUCAAGUUGUUUCUAGAAGCAGGAGCAUGAGAGGAGCUCUUUUCUGCUAUUAUCUAACAUGUUGGAUUAGUUCAUAGAGCGUUAUAUACACUCAGAUCCCAUUCUUUCCACCCAGAACUAUAUACUGUGCAAUUAAAAAAAUAUUUACAAUUGAAAAUACAUGUAGCAGAAAAUGUGCAACAGCUAUUUAGAAUAUCAUAUGAAGAGAUUAUAAUACAGUCACUCUGAAAUAUUAUCAGUCAACAUUUUAUUAACUGAAAAUAUAUUGUCACAGCUAUAAGUGAUUUAUUACUAAAGAGCUAGUUGCUUGAGCAAAAGACAGAUAGAUAACUUCCCUGGGGUUUUGGUCCGGUCAUUUUUUUCCUUAUAAAUAAAUAUAAAUAAUACAAUCUAGUAUUUUAUUAUUUGUGUGAGACAACAAAAUACACAAAUAGUAAUAAAUACCUUACAGGAGUGAUAAACAUCAUAUAUUAAUUUCAAAAAGUUAAAAUUAAUUCACCAGUUUAAAAUUCUGUUAUACUUAAUGCAAGACAACCUUAAGCAAAGAAUGUUAACAUAGGAGUUCUUUGUUUUCUUGUGGUUAGUGGCUGUCUCAAAAAUUCUUAAAGCAAUAAUUGGAGUUGAAAUUCAGCUUGUUAAAAAUUACUCUUAUAAAAAAACCUGAUAAACUAAAUAGAAAUUUUCAAUGUUGAGAAAAGAAAUCUUAUCUUGAUUUAUCAUCAAAAUGAACACUGAGCAAAGCAGUCUGACACCAAGCAACUGCACCAAUGGAAUAAAUAUUGAAAAGUAAGCAGAGUCAAGAAUGCUUGAA